AUGGGGUUGCCUGAUGUGGAGACUCCCCUGGUUCCGCUCUCUCUAAGUCUGCCACCCCUCAGGAAAUCGGCUAAUCUCACUGAGGCUGAGGCACGGCAAGCUUUGGGUCGGCUUCACGAGUUUUCGUACUAUCCAAUCCCACAAGUGCUUGAGUUGGAAUCAUUCGGCCACAAUCAGGACGCAUCCGCGCCAGACUCUGGUUAUACAUCCGAAAAUGAUGCUGAUGAGGCAUCCAAAGCGGACAAGGCAAUCCCUCUGUAUUUGGACCCUAUAGAACGCGACUUCGCCGUUCGCUGGCUCACCGGAUUUAUUGGACAAGCCGGGGAGUUCUCUCUGAGCGAUGACACGCGUGACGAGUUUGUGGAUGCGGCGUGUUCGGUACUGUCACAUUUGACAUCUACCGAAGAUGGCUCCAAUACGCCAGAUGACGAUCCCGGCAUGACGCGCCGAUUCCAAUUCUCGACUAGCAACAGCCCAAAACCAUUUGUGGUUGAUCUUUACGAUACUCCCAUGCAAACUGGUGAAGAUCACACUGAUGUUGGCUUGCAAACUUGGGGAGCAUCCAUCGCGUUCUCUCAGAUGUUUUGCGAUACGCCCAUGGAUUUUCUGUCGAACACGCCGACACUUGAUUCCUCCAUACGAAUCGUUGAGCUUGGCGCUGGGACAGGUCUUGUCAGUCUGGUACUUGCAAGCCUUUUGCCCUCGAUAUCCGAUUCACUGCCGUCUAUUGUUGCGACGGACUACCAUCCUACCGUAUUAAAGAACUUGGAAAAGAAUGUGGCUUCCCAUUGCAAAGAAGGAUCUACGGCAGUGGUGCAGGUAGCUCAUCUUGAUUGGUGCGCGCCCACGCGGCAGCCUCCCCUAGAUGUACCUGCAGACAUCAUUGUGGCAGCAGAUGUUGUCUAUGCUGCAGAGCACGCUCGAUGGCUUCGGCAUUGCGCUACUUAUUUACUCGCGCCAAACGGUGUCUUUUGGUUGAUGGUUUCCAUCAGACCUAAUGGCAAGUUUGCCGGCGUUUGUGAUUCGAUACAGGCUAUAUUCGCUGAGCCAGACGCAUCUGGUGUUAAUGGCUGCCGGCAUCUGAAGAUUCUGGACCACCAGUGGAUAGACAAGAAGGACAACAUUGGACGAGCCGACGAAAUUGGUUAUAAACUCUUCAAGAUUGGAUGGGCGUGA